AUGUCCGAGCCUGCUGAAUUAAAGAAAGUCACAGCUAAUGGCGGCGGUGAUGCAAGUGUAAGAACAAGGAAACCGACUGAAAAGGGAAUUCAAAAUCAGUUGGAUGCGAAGCUUAAAGCCUGGAAGAGUUCUCUCACCAAAUGGCGAAGGCUUUCUAAUAAACUCAGAGAGCUUCUAGUUGAAGAUGAUGUUGAAUCUUCGGUGAUAAAGGAUGGCCGUGAUAACUUGCAAGCAGCCAUGGACAAUGUCAUCUCAGUGCAGGAGAAUUUAGCCGAAUUAUCUUCAUCCUUAAAUAUUAAUGAUAGCAGUGAGGAGAAAUUGGAUGAAAUUGAAGAAGAACAUUCCUCCUUGAUGAAGGACACUCUAAAGACGCUUCUUGCACUACGAGGCGAAAUGUCUUCACAUAAAGGAACUUCUCACUUGUCCGUCUCGUCAACAUCACGAAAGUUGUGCCAAGAGUGGGUAGACGAUUCAAGGAAGGUAAAUUCUCCAAAGGAAAAGGACAUUACCACGAUGAGAAGGAUUGAUGAACCAACUGAUGAUCCUGAAGCAGUAUCACACAAGAAUGCGCAUACAUCAAGCCUUCAUAAAGAAGAAGUUGCCCUUGCUAGUAGUUUGACGGAACUUCUUCGCUUGAACAGACUUCCAAUACCUGAGCCUGGAGUUUUCGAUGGUAAUCCACUGGAAUUCACAUCAUGGAAGCGAAGUUAUGACGCUCUCAUUGAACAUCGCGGUAUUCCAGCCGGAGAGAGAUUUUACUUCCUGCUGAAGUAUCUUAAGGGUGCACCAUUGGUGUUAGUGAAAGGAUACUCCAUGCUAGGAGAUGACGCUGCAUAUGUGGAAGCCAUGAAGGUGCUACAAGAGAGAUAUGGAAAUCCCUUUGUUAUUUCCAAUGCCUUCCGGGACAAACUCGAUGACUGGCCUAAAAUCAGCCCCAAGGACUAUUUAGGCCUCCGGAGAUUUGGAGAUUUUCUUCACCAGUGUUGUACAGCAGCCAGAUAUGUCCAUCACUUACAUCAUUUGGAUGAUGAAAGAGAGAACAAAAGGUUGAUGAGCAAACUGCCUGAUUGGCUAAUCACAAGAUGGGGCAGGAAUGUAGUCAAAUGGCGGCAAGACAGAGGAUCCUUUCCUCCCUUUUCUGUCUUCACAGAAUUUAUCAGCAAUGAGGCAGAUAUUGCUUGUGAUCCGAUCACUUCUAAUCAGACAUCACCCUUGAAAGAAAGGAGACAGCAGUCUUCUAAUGUGAGAACAUUAUCAACCAGUGUGCAGGGGCAGCAAGCAAAUGGAAGGAAAGGAAAAUGGAAACCCCUUUGCACCUACUGUAAGGGAGAACAUCAUCUUGUUACUUGUAAAUCCUUCAUGUCACAGACAUUAGAUCACCGAACCAAGUUUGUUUUCGAUCAUGGUCUGUGCUUCGGAUGUUUAAAGUCCGGUCAUCUUUCUAGGAAUUGUAAGAAGAGGUCAUCAUGUUCAACAUGCAAAAGACGUCACCCCACUGUUCUGCAUGAUGAAAACUGGACAGAAAGACAACAAUCUAAGAAAGUUGACAUAAAGAAUGAAGCUGAGGAAACUCAAACCACAAGAUCUCAUGCUUCAACCACGAAGGACAAUCACAGAUCUCUAAAGACAUCUACUAUAGUUCCUGUGUGGCUAUCGCAUGAAUCGGUACCUGGGGAGAGGUUAGUGUAUGCUAUGCUGGACACUCAGUCAGACACUAGCUUCAUUUUAGAUAAAACUAAGGAAGCAAUGGGCAUUGAAGGAAUAGCAGUCAACUUGCUUCUUUCGACCAUGACGCUGGCCAAUGAGAGAAUUUCGAGUGAAAAGAUCAGUGGACUUAAAGUUCGAGCAUUUAACGGAAGAGAAGAAAUUUGUUUGCCCCCAACUUACACUCGGAAUAUUAUGCCGGCAAAUCGAGAACACAUACCAACGCCAGACAUUGCUAAGGCGCACCCUCAUCUCAACGACAUAGCCAAACAUUUGAUUCCCCUCCAAGAUUGUGAGAUUGGACUUCUCAUUGGCUAUGAUUGUGCAAGGGCCCUCACUCCGCGAGCUGUGUUAAGCUCCCCUGAUGAUGGUGGACCAUUUGGACUACAAACUGAUCUUGGAUGGAGUGUUGUCGGUACAAUGGAACCCAACUAUCAUGACAGUGCACAUGAUCAUAUUGGAAUCAGUCAUCGCGUUAUGGUGCACGUUAUUCCAGAAGAAUUGCAAGUAGAUGGCCAUCCAACCACAGUUACCUUCAGCCAUCAAUCAAGGAUUAAGGAGGAGAUCACUCCUUCUCAAGUCAUACGUCUUUUAGAAGCAGACUUUGCACCAGAGAAAAGACAAAGGCCAUAUUCGAGGAAUGACUUGAGAUUUCUAGAGAUAAUGGAACGUCAAGUUCAUGUGUCUGAAAGUGGUCAUUAUGAGAUGCCUCUGCCAUUUCGUGAUGAAAAUCCUACUCUUCCAAAUAAUAGGGUCCUUGCCGAGAAAAGACUCAAUCAUCUCAAGACAAAGUUUAAGAAGGAUCCUGCGUAUCAUGAACAAUACACAAAACAAAUGAAUACCCUCUUCAAUAGCAACUAUGCAGAGAUCGCAUCAGAAUCAGGAGAAGAGGGUAAAGUAUGGUACAUUCCCCAUCAUGGAGUGAAACAGCCCAACAAGUUGAGAGUUGUUUUUGAUUGCAGCUCGCAGUUUAGAGGAACUUCAUUGAAUGCUCACUUGUUAACAGGACCGGACAUGACUAAUACCCUCACCGGUGUUCUUUGUCGAUUCAGGAAAGAAGUCACGGCCUUCAUGUGUGACGUGAAGGAAAUGUUCCACCAAUUCCAGGUAAACAAAGAGCAUAGAAACUAUCUCCGGUUUCUAUGGUGGUUAAACGGAGAUGUUAGUCGCCGACUUAGUGACUGCCAGAUGAACGUUCAUCUGUUCGGUGCCGCUUCAUCGCCUGGCUGUUCGAACUUUGCAUUGAAGCAGAUUGCAAAAGACUAUGCAGAUGAGUUUGGACAUGAUGCAUCAGAUUUCAUACAGAACGACUUCUACGUAGACGAUGGGUUGAAAUCUGUAUCAACCGAAGAUGAAGCCAUUGAUCUCAUCAUGAGGACGAGAAAGAUAUGUGAACGUGGACGUCUUCACCUGCAUAAGAUAGUAUCUAACUCCAGAAAAGUAAUGCAAUCUGUUCCAGUUGAUGACAGAGGAAAGGACCUCAAAGAAUUGAAUCUUUCGCAAGACACCUUGCCUGUGGAAAAGGCUCUCGGAGUCCAAUGGUGCAUUGAAUCAGAUAAAUUUCAAUUCAGGAUCAACUUUGAGGAUAAACCACUGACUCGAAGAGGAAUCCUGUCUACAGUCAUGUCAGUGUAUGAUCCUCUAGGACUAUUAGCACCCAUAAUACUUCCUGCAAAGCUGAUUCUCCAAGAAUUAUGUCGAACUUCUGCUGAAUGGGACGACCCCUUAUCAGAUGCACUCAAAGCUAAGUGGGAACAGUGGAAGACCGACAUUCUCCAACUUCAGUACAUCUCCAUUGAUAGAUGCUACAAACCAAAAGACUUUGGAGAAACCAGAGAUGUGCAACUUCAUCACUUCAGUGAUGCCAGUAACGCCGGUUAUGGGCAGUGUACCUACCUGAGACUUACAAAUCAAGAAGACAAGGUGCACUGUACCCUGGUGAUGGGAAAAUCUAGGGUCACUCCUAUCAAGACAGUAACCGUGCCCCGACUAGAGUUAACAGCAGCCCUGUUAUCUGUGAAAAUGAGUUCCUUUCUGCAAAAUGAACUCGAUUUUGUAAAUGCCAAGCAUUUCUUCUGGACUGAUAGCAGAGUAGUUUUAGGCUACAUUAAGAAUGAAGCAAGACGAUAUCAUGUUUUUGUAGCCAAUAGAGUGAGUCAGAUCAGAGACGAGUCAAUGCCUUCACAGUGGCAUCAUAUUGACACCAAAAAUAACCCUGCUGAUACAGCUUCAAGAGGACUCACUGUCAAUCAGAUAGAGCAAUCGAGAUGGUUAACUGGCCCCAAAUUCCUAUGGGAGAAGGAAAUUCCAGCUAUUGAAAGUAAGGAUGAUGGCGAAAUGCUUCCUAAUGACCCUGAAGUGAAGCUAACUCAAGCUCAUGCUGCUUUCAAGAAGAAUGAUGAGUUUGAGCUGGAACGACUAGACCGAUUUUCCAGUUGGCAUCAAACCAGAAGGGCUGUAGCAAAUUGUCUCAGACUAAAGUCCUACUUAAGAAGACGGUGUGAACAGAAGCAUCAGAGAGCUAACCAGAGGAGCGAUGCUAAGAAAACAGUUAUUGAGCCUAUGUCUGCUGAAUUACUUCUCCAAGCAGAAAAGGAGAUAAUAAGGCAUAUGCAGAAAAAGGCAUUCCAUGAUGAAAUUCAAAGACAGGAAGUUAUGAAAAACGCCACUCAGACAUCUUCUCGUGAGAGGAGACGUCAUUGUAAGACUACCAGCCGUCUACAUCAACUUGACCCAUUUCUAGAUGGUGAGAACAUCCUGAGAGUAGGAGGUCGCUUGAGAAGGUCUGAAACUUCGUUCACAAACAAACAUCCCGCCAUCCUACCUCAAAGUCAUGUUACAGACCUGAUUGUAGCUCAUUGUCACGAAGAAGUUGCUCAUCAGGGAAGAGGCAUGACUACUAACUGUAUCAGAUCCCAUGGUUAUUGGAUAUUGGGUUGCAGUAAUCUUGUAUCCAAGCUCAUCUCUCGAUGUGUUACCUGUCGGAAACUACGACGACCAACACAGGUACAAAAAAUGGCGGAUCUACCAAAGGAUCGUCUAGCCUCUGAACCGCCAUUUUCUUACUGCGGUAUGGAUUGCUUUGGACCAUGGAUAAUCAGAGAAGGCAGAAAGGAGGUAAAGAGAUAUGGCCUUCUUUUUACUUGUAUGUCAUCGCGUGCAAUCCACAUAGAAGUACUGAACUCAUUGUCCACUGAUGCUUUCAUUAACGCCCUUCGACGUUUUAUCUCUGUUCGUGGUCCUGUUCGUCAACUGAGGUCGGACAGAGGGACAAAUUUUGUUGGUGCCAAGAAUGAACUCGUGAAAGCUUGGAAGGAGAUGAAUCAUGAGAAAGUUAAACAGCAUUUGCUCAGAGAAGGAUGCGAUUACUUUGACUUCACCUUCAACUUCCCCUACUCAAGCCACAUGGGAGGAGCUUGGGAAAGGCAAAUACGUACUGUUCGUAGAGUCUUGGAAGCAUUGCUGUGUCAAAAUAGUCAGCAACUGGACGAUGAUUCACUGCGAACAUUGCUAUGUGAGGCAGCAGCUAUUGUGAAUAGUCGUCCACUGUCUGUAGAAUUCCUGAACGAUCCAUCUCACCUAGAGCCCAUAACUCCAAAUCUAUUGUUGACUCAAAAAUCAAGGUUUGGUGUGCCUGUAGUGGUAGGGAUAGGUGUGGUCGUCCUUACAAUCGUCGUAGGACGCUACUUCUUCGGAGGCGGUCAAAAGAAGGCGAAAGGGCCCAAGAAGACGUUGAUUGACGCGGACACCAAGAUUCCUCUGCAGCUUGUUGACCGUGAGGAGAUUAGCCAUGAUACUCGUCGCUUCCGCUUUGCCCUACCUAGCAAGGAUCACAUCCUUGGACUUCCAACAGGUCAGCAUAUCUACUUGACCACCCGUAUUGAUGGCAAGCUGGUUGUGCGUCCUUACACACCGGUCACAAGUGACGAGGACAAGGGAUAUGUAGAUCUUGUUAUCAAGGUGUACUUCAAGAAUGUACAUCCCAAGUUCCCUGAGGGAGGCAAGAUGUCGCAGUACCUUGAGGACCUGCCAAUCGACGAUGCGAUUGACGUCCGCGGUCCUAGUGGUCUCCUCGUCUACGAUGGCCAGGGUAACUUCAGUAUCAAGCCGGAUAAGAAAUCUGCACCCAAGAAGAAGUUUGCCAGGAACAUUGGUAUGAUCGCUGGUGGUACAGGUAUUACUCCGAUGCUUCAGCUUGUCCGUCAGGUCUUCAGAGAUGACGAGGACACCAGCAAUCUCUGGCUUCUGUUCGCUAACCAGACUGAGAAUGAUAUCUUGUUGCGCGAUGAGUUGGAGGAAGUAAAGAAGGAGCAACCUGACCGGUUCCAUCUCUGGUAUACUCUGGACCGUCCUGGUGAUGGUUGGGAGUACAGUUCAGGUUUCGUCAGCGAAGAGAUGCUGAAGGAUCACAUGCCUCCUCCGGGAGACGACACCCUCAUCCUGAUGUGUGGCCCUCCACCUAUGAUCGACUUCGCUUGCAAACCUAACCUUGAUAAGCUCGGCUACACCGAAGACAUGCGCUUCGCCUACUGAUAAGCCAGCAGCCAUGUUUGGGAGACUGGCACUAAAGGGGAGGGGGGUGGUUUCACAAAGGGUUAUCUUUGACUGUUUUUGUGGGUGACAUCGCCAGGACCAUAUUGCUUUUUUGCAUGUGCCAUAUCAACGUGUGUCUGCAGAUUCAAAUAAAGGGGCACUGUUUUAACAAGAUAUCAUUAGCUUCCCGCAAUGAUGGACUUGGGGUAAUUGUUACAUUUUCAUAUAUUGAAUGAGUAUUAAAAUUGCAGGCUAUCCAUUGAUCCAAAAAUUAUUUUGAAAUUUGAGUAAAACUCAAAAUAUGAGCAAAUCGAAAAAGGCGUAAUAAAGAAAUUAUUGUAAAUACUACCCGUAAGUCCCUUCUUGCGGGAAGUAAAACCAAUAGGCGGUUUCAAACCACCUCGAUCACAAGAAUCCCCGUUAAAUUACGAGAACAUUUUUCGGCUAAAAAAUACCCAUUAAUUAUUCCUGCAUUCACACCGCCCCGAAACAUACCCUUCGGGAUAAAUUCCUGAAGUUAGGAGCAUGCGCAGAAGAUUGCACUGAUUGCCUUGGGCUCUGAUUUUACAGUUGGCUGUCAUGAUAGUUGGGUUUUUUUUAAAGUGCAUUACACAACUGGGAAUUAUUGCUACUCGGAGACAUGGGGGGUUCGUUCAGAGUUCAUAUGUUCCAGUCGGACAUAUUUGCUCUUGACAGUGGUCAUUAAAACCAACCCUCAUUCAUUUUCAAACUUGCGUUUACAUCUCCAGUGUUUUAAAACGAUUCCUGGAAAAUCGAUACUUUGAAACUUUUGGAAUGGUAGUUUUACAAUAUACACUUUUAUGUUUCGAGCCUGUUUCCAAGAACCUAUAUGAAAAAUUUUAAAUCAGGGCGCCGUCUUACAGAGAGUUGCGAUUGAUCCGAUCAAUCACAACUAUGGACGGCCAGCAACGUCAACAUCUAUUAUGCAUGUUUGUUCAAAAUAUUUUCUAACUAUGAUGUAUAUUCAUGCGUUCUUUAUUUCUUGAAAAUUCACUGUGCUUCUCUUUCUUUACUAGAGACAUUGUGCAAAUUUCCUGUAGAAAAAUUUAUGACACUGUUGGAUUUCCAUAGAGUUACGAUUGAUUGGAUCGAUCGUAACUCUUUGUAAGACGGGGCCCAGGUCAUGCAGGGUUCAUUCAGAGUUCAUAUGUUCCAGUCGUACAUAUUUGCUCUUGACAGUGGUCAUUAAAACCAACCCUCAUUCAUUUUCAAACUUUCGUUUACAUCCCCAAUGUUUUAAAAGAAUUCCCGUAGAAUCGAUACUGUGAAACUUUUGGACUGGUAUCUUUAUAAUGUACACCUUUAUGUCUAGCUUGUUUCCAAGAACCAAAAUGAGACAUUUUAAAUCAGAACAAAGUGAAAUGAUCCCUUUUAAUUGUUGUGAUGUGAUUUUGCAAUUAAUUCGCAUGAUUACACGAGGGGAUGUGGAUGGAAUGCUAUGUGCCUAUCUUAUUGUACAGGUGCUAAAAAAGGAAAUUAAUGUACCACCAAAGUAAGUUUUUCAUUAAAAUUGAUAUUUAGUACAUGUGCAUGGUUUUUAUUAUAUGAUACUUGAUAGUUUAAUCAUGAAGAUUAAUAAACUUUAUUUUUCAUUGGGAAUGUUGUAAGUUUUUCUUCUUCAAAUAUGUACUGUUAGGCAUAAUUUAUUUUUUGAUACACAAUUGUAUUUUAACAAAUUCAUACAUAUUCAAAUAGUUUCUCCCUUUUGGGGGCUUAUUGUAUUCGCACGGAUUUGUUCACAAUUUAGAAUGCCUUUUCCUGUGUUAAAUGAUGACCUCUAAGUUCAAAUGAUUUUGCAACUUCAGUUAGCAUGAUGAAGAAACCUUUGAGACACACACUUGUUCAGUUUGUAAAGUUGUGAUUAACUUUCUGAACAGUUUUGUGGCACUCCUCGUGUAGUACUAGUACUGGGAACUAUUCAAUUUAUUUUAUUUGCAUUGUAAGCGAGACACAAAAUGUAGUAAUUUUCUUGUCAGUUUCCUAUCAUCUGAAUCGCAAUACAUUUCAUAUUUUGUGUAUGUUUUCUAUAUAUUUUUGUUAAAACCAAAUAUUGGUUUGAUGGUUAGACCACGGAUUGUUUGGCGUUUUACAAACGUUUUGUAAUCUUUACCUAAUUAAUUUUGAAAAUGAUCAAUAAAAUUGGUGUCAAGGGA